AUGUCACCUCAUAGGUCAGACUCGAUGGAAGCCCAAGACAACAUUAGGAAGCGAGUAUGCAAGGCAUGCGACCGAUGCCGAUUGAAGAAGUCAAAGUGCGACGGAUCAAGCCCUUGCACUCGAUGCAAAGCCGACAACGCCAUCUGCGUAUUUGGCGAGAGGAAGAAGUCGCAAGACAAAGUGUACCCGAAAGGAUAUGUUGAGAUGCUCGAACAGCAACAAACCCAAUUGGUAGCCGGUCUUAGGGAACUGUACAGUCGCCUGCAACGAGGCGAGAGUUGGCCAGGACAGCCGUUGCAAGAAUCCUCAGGCGGCCAUCCUUUGACACACGACAUCCUGGAACGUCUCGAUCUUUUGCAAUCACCUGGAGACGACAAGAGCCACUAUGAGGGUUUCGAAGAAGAUUGCAGCCGCAUGCAACAAAAACUAGUUGAAGGAGGCGCCCCAUACACCCGACGACGGGCAUCCGUUAGCUCAGACUCUGAACAUGGCCACGUUUCGCCAAACUCAUCGUAUAACGGUACACCGACGACCAAAUCUUUCGCUUUUGACAGUCCGUUUGCGCGCCACAACGCGCCGCCAACACCGCCGAUGAACAGCCCAUUCCCUCGACAGUCCCAGGUAGUGUCGCCGCCAAUCAAGCAAGAACCACAAAUGGCACCAGCACCAUACAUGAACAACAGCGCUAUGGAUCCUUCCACUCUCUCACGGGCGCCAUGGAUGAACGACUCCAUUAUGAUGGACGAUCCCGUAGACUUCAGCAAGCCCAUGUAUGGAUUUGACAACUUCAGCGCAUACGACCAGAACAUGAUGGUAGAUCCCCUAUCAAUGAGCCAAAGCGAUCCGAUGAUGCCAGACUGGAACAUCCACAGCGACCUGGAUUUCAGCAGUUUCAUACAAAAUCCAGUCGGCGCAUAA